UUUUUCGUCCGACACACUUCAUUCACAGCACUAUCAGCUAGAAUAAAUAUGAAAAUAAACAAAAUAAUCAAAGCAAACUAAUACAAAGUGUUUACAUAUUUUAACAAAGUUUGUUAUCAAAGCGUCAAUUGGUAAUGAUAACAGAAGCUAUUGAUUAGCAGCAUCAUUUUAAAUGUUAUUGAUUCACCUCUUCGCAGUCAGUGUGAAACGCUCGCUGUGUCUUAGUAGAACGUAUAGUCGCUGAUAACAGCUGAAAAAUAAAUCCAGAAAAUGACAGCGAACAUAGGAAACUCGUUGAAGAUCGCUUUAAGAAAUCGCAUGAAAAAUGAGGUUUUAAAAUCAAUGACAGUAGAAUCUAGAGCACAACAGUCUGAAGCUAUUAAAGAAAAGGUGUUACAAUCUACAGAUUUUCGACAUGCCCAACGUAUCAGCGUUUAUCUCAGUACAAGUACAGAAGUUGAUACCUUGGAGUUGUUGAAGGAAAUGUUUCGCCUUGACAAACACGUUUAUGUGCCUACGUAUAGUGGUAAUAAUAUGGAAAUGGUGCGUAUCAAAAAUAUGGACGAUUAUGAUAAUUUACCAUUAACUAAAUGGAAUAUAAAGCAACCAGAUUUUAAAGAACCACGUGAAAACGCACUAACCAAUGGUCACGGGAUCGAUUUGUUUCUCAUGCCCGGAGUAGCAUUUUCCUUAGCUGGAGGACGACUGGGUCACGGCAUGGGUUAUUAUGAUAAGUACCUAAAACGUCAUUUCAAUACUUAUCCGCAAAAGAAAGUCACUUUAAUAGCACUCGCUUUUCGAGAGCAAAUUGUGGCUGAAGAUGAGCUGCCACUCGAUGCCCACGAUGUAAAAAUACACAGAAUAAUAACAGCUUAACACAGAUAUAAUUUAUAAACUUAUGAAAUAAAUUUUAUUUGCAAUUAAAACUACAAUAAAAUUGAAAAU